AUGGCUGAUACUGAUGAAAUAGAUAAACUAUUAGUGAAUCGUUUAAGCAACAGGGAUAUUGUCGAGUCACGAUACAAGGAAUUGUUCCAUGACUUGAACAAACCUACAGAAGAUGACAAUCAGACACAAGAUUUAGUUGAUGAGUUGAAGCAAGAAUUAUUUAAGAGAGAUUCAGAGUUGAAGAAGCUGGACGAUAUAAAUAAGGUGUUACGACACGCUAAUGAAAACAGCAAUAAUGAAAUAAUUAGUUUAAAUAUCGAGAACAACAUUAUGAAUGAAAAAUACAAUAAACUUGAGGUCGAGUACAACAAACUGAUCAAACGAUGGUUGAGUAAAGUAGAGAAAGAUGUUCAAGACAUGAACGGCAUGUUAUAG